AGAGGCAAACUCGUGGGUUUUCUACAGAUACCUGCCACUUAUUAAUAAUACUCUUUACUUAUUUUUAGUUUUAGUUUAAAAAAUAAAACUUUUUUUCGGUUUGUGCGUAGUGAGUAGCUUGUCCCAUAGUAGUCAUGGCUGUGUAGCUGACGGUGGUUAGUCUAUCUGCAGUAUGACUCCUAAUCUACGCAGAACUGUUUAUUUACCUCUACGAUUACCACCCAGACUUUUGGUGUUUAUAGUAAUCUUAAUUUAACCUGUAUAUUUGUUGUUUCUUCGUCACCCUGUUAGUCACCAGUUGCAGCCACAUGGGUGUUUUACUGGAUCUUUUAAUACAUCAGAUCAAAUUGAUUGGCUUUAGGUUACAGCAAGUUUCAUAAUGCAACCUUUGAGUUGUUAGAUGCUUAGUUUAGUGGUGUUAGUUUAACGUAAUGUUCUGUUUUGGGGUGUCAAAAUUGAAUUUUCCAAUGUGAGAAAGUCUUGGGUAUAGCAAUUUUUUGGGAAUUUAGAAAUGAAAGGUGUCUCCAGGCCUGUAUGUAUAUAUGAGGCACAUUGGGGCAACAACAUUGUAAAAACCACCUUAUAAAAGUAGGUAUUUAAAAUAUAUUUUUGCAAAGCAGUUUCUGUGAGGAGAUCAGACAUAAAUAUUGUAUGCUUGUUGGUGUGGGUCAGUAAUGAUGCUCCUGUUCUUGUUUUUUCUGGUCAGUUGUAGAAUGGAUUAAAAAUGUUGUCAUUGUUGCUAGAUGUCUUUACAAAUCAGUUUACAGACAAUUACAGUAGUGUAAAAAAAAAUGUUACCUAAACACAAAAUUAUUGGGACAUGACAAAAUAUUGACAUUUUCAUUGUACAGAGAGAUAUAGAAGUUCAGUGGGUUUAACAUGCAGAAUGAAUGAAGAAAUUGUUUAAUGUUCUAGGUUUUUCCUGCAUGUUCUAGAUAUAUCUUGGUGGCUGUAUUCAAAAACUUUGAAGAAACUAUGAUUUUAGAUGUGUGUGUGUGUGUGUGUGUGUGUGUAUUGGAUUUGAAUAAAAUUUCACAUUGAUUUCCAUGUGAAGUUUCACAAAAUUUUGAUAGUGGUAUUACUUGCAUAAAAUUUUAAAAAGUACUAAUUUCCAUCGAUUGAUAAAAUGCACCCUUAGUGUAUUUAAUUAAUGUACUCUGGUUAAGUGUGCAUUGUUAGUCAUACUCACCUGCUUGUGUAACACCUAUGACUAGGUGGCACUAGUAAGUUGCUGAGAACUUAGCAUUUCAGAUUCAGUGUGACAUGGCCCUCGCUUCCUGCUGCCAUGCUUUUUUUAAAUGCCUCUGCUUGUUCACGCCCACGCCACCGGAUGGCGUGCUUUCUGUGCAGGUUCAGCCAGUCGACUGUCAGGAUUUCUUGAGCACUAUUUUCACUCCCAUAAACCUCACAUCUUUGCCAGUUAUUGAAGUUUUUAUGAAGAACUGUGUGGCAAGGUCAGAGAAAUUUGAAACAUUUAAAGGUCUGUUUGAGUCUGAGGUCAUCUGCAGUUGAGUUACAACUUUGCAUCACUUAGUGCAGGUAAUGCCAGACAUGACUCUCCUAUUGUACUUUGUUGAUUUGAUUUGAUUUGAUUUGCUGCCUUUUAAAGAAGGUUUUUUUCUGUCAUUUCUAGAAGGUGCCAUGGGCAGCACUGUGGCUUCAAACCUCUAGGGUUGAGGUUCAAAUGCUGCCGGUCUGUAUUUGUGCAUUUUGCGCACUCUCCCCCAUACUGCAACAGAAAGUUUCCUCUGGGUAUGCUCAUUUCCAGCUCUAGGAAUGCAGUGAGGUGAAUUAGAGCUGUCUGUUCACCUGUCAUUGUGGCUAGAUUAAAAGAAGUAUUUAAGACCUGUCAUAGAUCUAAAGAUACUUUUACUCAGCCAGAGGCCAGUAGAUCACUUUCCUUGUUACAGGACUUUUUGUGGAAUGUUUCAAAGUGGAGGCUGACUCAUCAGCCGAAAGACAUGCAGUUAGACUAUUCAGCAUUUCUGAAUUGCCUGUAAUGUGCAUAUGUAUGCGUGCAGUGCCAUGGACUGGCAUACCAUCCAGGGUGUACCCCUACCUUGUGUUUUAUACUGGCAGAUGUGGACACUCCCUUUAUGACCCUGCAUUGGAAAAGUGGUUUGAAGAUAGGUGGAUGAAUGGAAGUCAUGAAGAAUCAGGAACAGCAGGGGCCGUGGUUCUUAAGGACCUAGCUUGAAUGUGCAGGUCCAUGUCCCAAGGUCCUGUUAUGGUACAUCUGAUCUGAGAAGAUUCUUAAGUUACCCUGCUCAAAUAAAAAGCUUUCGAUGGAAGUGUCAGUUAAGCAACUAAAUGUGGUGGUGGUGGUGGUGAUGAUAUUUAUUAUGGGAUGGCCUUUCAGUGGGAGCGAUGCCUCAAUAUAUCUGACAGAAGAGCUUUCUAAGUAGUAGAGGAUUGUAAGGUGAUGGUGGUCCAGAAUUAUGGAGUAUAGACAGAACACAGUAGUGAGUAGUUGGUCUUAAGGCUGAAUCCAGUUGUUAAGAAUUCUAGGGUUUCAUUUGUUUAGUUAAACUGAAUGUCCGCGCGUGACCUACACAGCUCCUCAUUCAUGCUUGACAGGAGACCCAGUAGUACCCUGAGACUUGCGUCAUUAAAUCUCAGCUCCACAUUGGUUUCCUGAAAUCUAAUAGCCAGACACAGCAGUAAGAAAUGACACUGAAUUACAUUCUUUAUAAGAAAUAUGAAAUGACAAAGUUUGUGACAAUUUCAUUCAAGCGCACUGAUAUCCCUCUCACCAGCUGGUGUGUGCAUUUAAUGAUUGUCCUUGGGGGUCUGGUGAGGUCACAACACCUCUUCAACACUAAUGCUAAAUGAAUGGUGUGACAAUGUUAUCACAAAUGGUGGUAUUAAAAUACAGAGCACAGUGGGACAGAAUGUCCAGCUCAUUAAUAUUGCUGUACUAAUGUCAAAACCUCUCCAUACCAUUCUCUAGUUUGUUUUCAUCUGGUAAUUUCUUGAAUCCAUGUCCACAAUCCAUUGAUUCUUCUGCCAAACUUUUUUUUUUUGAUAAUUCAUUGUGCCUUAAUCCAACAUCGUCUGGUGCUGAGCCAAAGCGGUAACAGUUUUAUAAACACAAACCGCUUAUCUCUAAUAGAUCAUGCUUAUACCAGCUUCAGUCUUUCCAAUUAAAUCAAAAACAAUACCGGCAAGAUUUAUAUAUAGAACAACACUUCCUGGACUGAGAUUUUACAGAUUAUACAAUAAACUUCUGUCUGGCAAGGUAUAAAUUUAGUUUUUAAACAUUAUUUUCAAACCUUUGUUUAGGGUAGCCAGAUGAGUUUUACACGUGGCUGUUUGAAGUAGGUCAUAUUAAAUUUAAAAAAUGUGGCUCGGUGAAUGCCUCUGUUGUAGGUGAACUGCAUAAAUCUGGCACCUGACAUCUGAUACUGAAAGCAGCCACUGCUUUGUGGUCUAGCUCUAUGUAUAUUUGCUGGUGCUGGUGUUAACUGGUUCUCUCUUGGUGCCUUUAGAGAACCUGCCCGCGUUUCCACUGAUUUCAAAGAGGUAUAGAACGAAAUGUUACAUAGCUGAAAGUGAGAGUAAAGUAAAAGUUCAUAUGCGCUCUGUCUUUGACAUUUAUUUUCAUCUGUUUUGGAUUUUAAGUUUUUAUAAGCUGCCGAAUCAAAAAAAAAGUUUGCAGAGUAUGACUCAAUACACUCUGUCUUUGUUGAUUGUAUCCACUUUUGUCUCCAUAAAGGCUCCCUCUGGUGUGUAUAUGAAUCUAUUCUUUAUCCUCGCUCGCUGUUUUACCGCUGUCCUUUUAAGGAUGGCACAGUAAAAGUGUCUGCUAAUAACUUAACUUUACAAUCCGCCUCAUGAUCUCUUCGCUGCUCGAGUGCCACAAUAUUUUAUAUAUUCGUCCUGUGACAUGUUUAUAAUUUAUUAUUACAUCUGCCCGGCAAAUCGAUCUUUCAUCUCCCACAGGAUAAAAAAAACUAUGUAAUGUAAUGUAGUAACAAUGUAGCGUACAGUUGUUUCAGUGCCAGCAGCUGCGAUAUUAGACAAAACUAUAUUGGCUAUGGAUUGAAUUUAAUGGGUAUAUGGAAGGUUUUGACGUAAUAGCCCGUCUCCCUUUUGCUGACGUUACGGUGCCAAAUUCUGAGACCAGCUCUUCUGUGGUGCCAUGCUGGAGCCAUUUUUUCUGGCCCAGAGUCAGUUUUUUGCAGUAGGAACAUGCAGAACUAGGUCCAGAUUGGGAAGAAAUCCGGCACCGGCUCCGCAUUGGUGGAAACAAGGCAAUUGGGUGGUGCUGGAGCUGAACGGCACACCUGGUUCACAACCUUUUUUGUUUUGAUACAGACGCUAUUUGGGAGUUUAUCCAGGCUGAAACCAUUUGAAAAGCUUCAUGUUUAUGAAUGAGGUCGCUUUCUGUGUCUACCUGUCAUUCACUUCCUGUUUGAUCUAGAAGCACUUAUGUGUAUAGGGAUGAAUGAUUCAGAUUAAUUGCCUCAUUUGAGGGUAGCAGGGUGCUUCACUGCAGCCAUUUAGGUUAAGUACGUUACUCGAGGUCACUUCAGCGCUUCACUUCCUGGGACUUGAACCAGCAAUCUUUGAUUGAUGAGUCCAUGUUCUUAAGUUCUUCACCACCACUCUUACUAUAGUAUGCGAGUGCAUCAGCUGGAUGAAGACAUUAAAACCUGUUAGAUUGUGCAUCUAGAAUCUUAUUAAGCACUAGCUGCAUUCUGUCAAAAAUCAUCUUGACAAGUUUAUGAACAUUUUUUCCUCUUUAUCUGUGUACCUUCUGGUUAUAGUGAAUGACCUUCUGUCCAAAGCUAUCUUCUUUAUCACUGAGCCACAGAAUCCCCUAAACUUGUUAGAUGAACAAUGAAUGUUUUUUUUCAAGGACGCAGGUUUGGUUUCAACAUCGGUAGGGGCCAAAUCAGCCCUGAGCCCCUCCGCCCCCCAAAACGCACAAAGUGCUCCCACAAUAUACCCAAAUCUACGCCCUUGUUUUUUAAAAAAUAAUUUUUACAAGGUACCAUUAAGAGACCCUGUAUCUUCAGCUCUGAGCUCCUUAGUGUGUGAGGUCUCCCCUUCCCAACCAACUCCUCAGCUUUCCUGCAAUUGUAGGCAUUUAAUCAGUGGCAUAUACUGAAUGAGGACAAUGUAAAAAGCAUGUAUCAACUGGCUGAGUAAUCUGUAUUACAUCUCAUUAUGUUUUCUCUCGUACCCUCGGCUAAAUUGCAUCUCAGCAAUUCCUCAAACAUUUAUGAUUUAAUUAGCAGGUAACAGCAAGACCUGAUGCCUGGCUCAUAGCGGUAGUAACGCAGUAGUAACAGUACACAUGUCCUCAUCGAAGUGCUGUAGAUAAACGGUAGAUAUCAGUGAGUGACUCAGGAUUGCUUUCUCAACCUUCCGUAUGUCAGCUUCAGCUUCUUUGUCUCAGCUUUUGUGAUGACUGGAGCUCCUCUUCCGUGCCUCUCGCCAUCCUCCUUUGCACUGAUGCUUUCACAGGGGUCAGCUGUGAUGCGUGUUUAAAAGGAAACUUCCGAGGCUGCAGGUACAAGUGCUUGAUCUGCUACGACUACGACCUGUGUGCUUCGUGCUACGAGGGUGGGGCCACCACCACCCGGCACACUGCAGAACACCCCAUGCAGUGCAUAUUAACCAGGGUAGAUUUUGAUUUAUAUUACGGCGGGGAGGCCUUCUCAGUGGAACAGCCCCAGUCCUUCACGUGUCCCUACUGUGCGAAAAUGGGCUACACAGAGACAUCGCUGCAGGAGCACGUGACCUCGGAGCACGCGGAGACGUCCUCGGAGGUGAUCUGCCCCAUAUGUGCGGCUUUGCCUGGUGGAGACCCCAACCAUGUGACAGACGACUUCGCUGCCCACCUCACGCUCGAACACAGAGCACCUCGCGACCUCGAUGAGUCCAGCGGCGUCCGGCACGUGCGCAGGAUGUUCCACCCAGGCCGGGGGCUGGGAGGUCCUCGCGCACGUAGGUCCAACAUGCACUUCACCAGCAGCUCCACCGGGGUGCUGUCAUCCUCACAGAGUUCCUCAUACUCGCCGAGCAACAGAGAAGCCAUGGACCCCAUAGCAGAGCUGCUGUCCCAGCUGUCAGGCGUGCGCCGCUCUGCAGGCGGUCAGCUGAACUCGUCGGGCCCAUCGGCAUCACAGCUGCAGCAGUUGCAGAUGCAGCUGCAGCUGGAGCGGCAGCAGGCUCAGGCGGCGCGGCAGCAGCUGGAGUCGGCGCGCAGCGCCACGAGGCGCGGUAACCCCGGCAACGCUGUGACGCAACCCAACGGCAGCCCCAAUCCUGCACCUCCGCCGCCGCCGCCACCGGACAGCAACCCGCCUACCCUGCACGGCUCGCAGUUCCUGCUCGCCAGGUUGACCGAGCCGGAGCUGUUGGAGGCGGAGCGGCAGGCGAUGGAGGCGGAGCGUGCCGACCGCGGCCUCUUCGUGCAGGAGCUGCUGCUCUCCAUGCUGGUGGCCGGUGACAAUGACGGCGGCGGCGACUCGCCCUCCCCCAGCAGCAGGGGGCGCCGCAGCUUCGCCGACUUCGGCGCCAUGGGCUGCGUGGACGUCAUGCCGCUGGAUGUGGCUUUGGAGAAGCUGAGCGUGAAGGAGAGGCGCAAAGGGAGCGAGUCGUCCCCUCUUUGACAGGAGGCACCCUCUGCACCGCGAUGCCGGGGAAGUCGGCGGCAGCUUUGGCUGUCUUUUACUUCUGUUUUAUUAUUAUCAUUAUUAUUAUUAUUAUUUUGGUGAUUGUAAAUUCAGGUCCGUCACCCUUAUUACACUGUGUAUAUACGUCAAAGGGGGAGAGAAUCAGGAAGGAAUAUAUAUAUAUAUAUAUAUAUAAAUAUAUAUAAAUACAAAUACGAAGGUAUAGAAGCUGAUAAUCAGUUCCGCGUAGCUAAUUUUUACGUCGAUAGUCGGCCGCGAACGGCGCUGCGGACAGAGACUCCACAUCCCGAGCUGCAGAUGGGCCGAGGUCACUCUGCACUGAAGCUGCUGUGUGUAUUUAUGAAUACUAACAAAUAAAAAGUGCUUGCAGGGAUUACGGCAACUGAAGCAUGAUGUCAUUUGCGGUGUGCAUGAGGUUUAUUUAACCAACAACAAACAAACAAAGCUUUAUUUGACUUUUUUUUUCUUUUAUUUCCCCCAAGUUUUGUUUUGGGGAGAGUUGGAAAAUGAAAAGAAAUUAUGGGAUUUUACUAAAUUUUAGCUGGGAGUCUCAUUUUGGACCUUUGGCAACAUCAAAACAAAUGCUUUUAAGGUUUACCCCAGCUGGCCUUUUCUGGUUCGUCACAACCCGAGUCUGACCUGGUUGCAUGUGGUGUUUGGUCACCUGCCCCCCCCCUGCUUCCUCAGAGCCAUGCAGUCAGGAGAGGGGAACUGAAGGCCAGCCAAACUAACGGCAUUCUAUCCAUAUUUCAUUUCAUUUAAUUUUUUCCCAACUUCAUGCAGACUGUGGUCUCCCUGUACCUCCUUCUCUCACUCACCCUCCUUUCCCAGUGAAAAACAGCACACGUCUGCUGAGUGUUGUUUUAUCGGUUCCUUAAAGCACAUCCUAAUUUCACUCCCUGCUCAUGGCUGCACUUUAGCUUUCAGAUUUACUCCAUUUUGAGAGCCUUGGGUUGCACCGCAUUGAACCGUACUGUAAGUUUUGUAGUGAUUUGCAGUUUUUAGUGUGGAAAAACCUGGAUUAGACUUCAGAUUCCCAAGUCCAGCACAGUGUGCCCUUCCUCGUCUUCCCCACCCCCUCCCACAGUAUCAGGCAUAUGGUUUCCUGUGCUACUGAGGGGCAUUUCCAAUCACUGUCCUGUAGGAGGUGCUCUCUAUGUCCAAAGCAGACUGGAAACCUGUUUGCUGUACUUCUAAUGGUAUAUGUUUGGCUGUUUUGGCCUGAUGAUGUUGCAUAACAGGCAGACCUGUGACGGUACCAAGACUGUGAUAUGCUGUUUUACAGAGGUGGAAAGUUCAGGUCCAGAAAGUACAAAGCCAGACCAAGAUUUUGUACAAACCAACCAGUUGAUUACUCUGUGAAUGUGAUUCUUUAUACUUGACUGGUGGGUUGAAACAAAAUCUUGGUCUGGAUUUGUAGUUUAUGUACUGGAACUUUCCACCUCUGCUGUUUGUGUACGAGCUCCGAGUGGCAAUCUUGCAAGGGUAGCUUCAUGCUGUCACAUGUGGGAUAGACCAGACUGUGAUACAACAGUUAUAUUAAGCUUGCCUUAAAAAUAAACUAUAAUCUCAAAAUCCCACGAUCCUUCACCUUUAUUAAGGCAGAAAAGUAACCAAACUCAAUUCCAACAACUAGGUCGCUAAGCGAAAUGGUUGCCACCUGAAAAUCGCGGUAGCUUAUGGGUGACUGUGACUGUAUUUACGACUUCAGCCUUCAAUACUCUUUUAUCCUUCAUGAAAUGGACAUUAAUAUUUCGCUCGUACUACAAAGAACGCGUUAUCAGGCAUACAAAGAUCGGUCGUACAUGCGUGCAUUGGUUGGAAAGUGAAUUUUUUAUUACCGUCAUAUUUGCAAACGGUCACUAACCAAGGUAGUCGCUAAGCGAGGAGUGAUUGUAAUUUAAAGCAUGAAUGUAGCUAGUGUGGGCCAAAGGUGUUGCGUUGCCGACGUUAAACCCGGCACGGGCGCGGCUGUUUCACAACGUGAGCCGCUGCUUAGACUUGCCUGGUUUGUCAGCUCAGUUUACACUCUACCGCUUUUGCAAAUUUUCAUGCCAAGAGUAGAUUUAGGGAAACAAGAGACAAAUUGCAAAUAUUGAGAAACAGGACCCCGUCUCCCAGGAGGGAGGUGGCAAAAGGUGUUGCAAGUAUAUUAAUACAGAACCAUGUGUUCUGUCAGCCAAUUGAAUAAUUCAUUGAGCAAAUAAUUUUUUUACAUUAUGCUUUUGGGCUGAAAAUAUACUGUUGUGACAUAUUGAGUACCUGUUUCAUAUGUGAAGUCUCCCCCACUAGAGGGCACGGUUGCCUCCCUUAGGCUCUAGUCUGUUUUCAUUGGGAGAUGGCAAAUCCCGUCUCUGGAUACUUAUGAAUCCUCAAUCACAUGGUUUUGAGUCAGACCAUUACCAAGCACUUGUUUGUAAAUGAUUUCUUUGAGCAAUAAGAAUCUUGGGUAGGCUGUAGUGAAGCUUGAUUUAGUUUAAUUAAAAAUGCCUUUUAAUCAUCAUUUAUUUAUGGGCUCGACGUGACUGUUAGUGAACUUGCAACAGGUACACAGCUUGCUACCUUUUGCUGUCAUUAGCUCUGUCUCUCCUACAUACAGCUUGGAUAUCAGGAUUAACUUACUUGGAUAUCUUUCGGAAUAAUGUUUAGAAUAAUCUUUUGGGCAAAUUAAAGGGGAUGAUCUGUAGGCCACCGAGCUGUUUUCCAUAUUUUUUGGCAUAAUUUGGUCAUCAAUUUGCUUGUAUAAUUUCUGUUGCGAUGCCGUCCCAUUCAGCUGUGGCCUCCUGGCCAAUCUGACCUCAUUAAAUGUGUCUGGGUGGUUGUCUUUGCUGCAGAGGACUUCUAUGUAUUCUGUCUAUCCCUGGUUGAUCUGAAUUCCAUUCAUUAUUUUCCUAUUGAUUUGUCAUGCCCACUCAAGGGUGGAACUUAUUUUUGAAUCUCAUGGAUCCUCUGAGGGAGGGGGGGGGGCAGUGGUUGGCACCAUCACCCCACACGUCUGGGUUCAGGUCUCUGCCAGGAUUUAAUUUGUGUGGAGUUUGCAUGUUCUCCCUGUGUUAUCCUGGCCCCAGAGUCCAAAUUCUUGCUGAAGCUAAUUGGAGUCCAUCGGUGUGCGUGUGUAUGUGUGCGUACAUGCGUGCCCUGCAAUGGGUUGGCACUCCAUCUUGGGUCAUUCCUCACCUUGUGCUCAUAGCCUCCAGAAUAGGCCCCUGACCCCUCCACGACCCUGAGCAAGACUAGCGGUUUCAGAAAAUGGGUGGGUGGGUGCUUUUCAGUGAUGUCUCUCAUUCCUGAUUUAGGCUUCCCUUCUCCUCUUUGCAACUUCCUUAGUGCUUCCUGUCAUCCACAUGCAGCAAAGAAUGCAUGAAAGUACCUUCAGGCACUGUGCCGAGUCUGAGCUGAAGGCAAGAUUCCCAGCCCUAACCUGUCAUCUUACACCAUGUGAAAGUUAGUUAUCAGGUGGAGAGUUCAGGCUUUCCCUCAGAGAACGGAAGGCCCUCACCUCAACCGGUUCAGUGACUUUUCUCACUGUUACUGACAUGAAGCACCCAGGAAUUCAUGCGCCCUACAAUUAGUGCCUUUGAAUGAGAAUAAUGAUGUAUCUUUUGCCAUGUAGGAUUUCAGAAACUUGAGCUCCAUGAUUGGCUGACAACACACUGUGUCUCAUUGUCUGAAAUUUGCCUUGUGUCAUGCGGGGACACGGUGGUCCUCAGCUGAUGACAGACAUGGCAGUCAUACGAGGACAGUGACCACCCCACAGAGAGGCAAGCUACCACACGCUGCUCUGUAAUCGCUUGUCAAUAUGAGGACUGGAUAUCAGCUGCCCAGACCCACCCUCUGUGACCCCCAGUACAUUAGCUGUUUAGCCCCUAUAGAUUCUCCACUGAUGCGAUGCCUACACAUAGUAAGCUGAGCCAUUAAACUAAUUGUUUUGCAAGCUGUAGGUAUGUCAGCCAUUUGGUAUGUUUUAAAAAGGCAAGAAAUAGAACUGUACUCAAAACACUUUGUCACAUUCUCAUAAAAGGUAAAACUGGUUGUUGCCAUUGUUUCAUAUAAAUUAUGGGAAACAGUCGUAAGUAUUUUGCCUUCUUGUGUAUGAAUGCCCGUAUUUUAGCCGGCCAAAUAAAACAAAAACCCAAACAUGGUCUUGGCCAACGCUGCACCCAGCAGCCCGAAUUCUGGGAAAAGGAUCAACAGAAUUUCAUUUUGACGGUAUAACUUCCUAAGUUUGACACUAAUCAUUAACUAGCUGCUUACUGUGCUCACUGUUCUUGUGUAAGCUGGACAAAUCGCAACCAAAUUGUUCUGUUACUAAUAGGAUAAGCUCGUUAAAGCUCUGGGACUGUACAUCCCAGUGUGUGAUUUUCUCUCACGUAGGCUACAAUAUAAAAGCGUUUUUGACAUAUUAAAUUCCGUACAAAGUCUGAAAUAUUUAUGCUACAUCCAAUCUUUCAUAAUUUUCUUUUCCCCAUUGAGUUAUUAAUUUUAAGAGUAUUAAAAUUUGCUUUCUGUA